AUGCCGCUCUUCCUCGGCGUAGCUCUGCUUGCUCUCCAGCUCGCAGCGGCGGCGCCGCCGCCGGGGUGCCCGACGACAUGCGGCGGCGUGCACGUCGAGUACCCGUUCGGCGUCGGGCCAAACUGCUCGCUGUCGGACGGCUUCAGCGUCGAGUGCGUCCGCGGCACCCCGCUACUCCGCCUCGGCACCGCGGAGCAGACGGUGAAGCUGCUCGCCGUCGACCUGCGGCGCGGCAAGAUCCGGACGACGAACGCCAUCGCGUCGCAGUGCCUGGACGCGCGGACCGGCGAGCUGGUGAACACCUCGUGGGCGGGCCUCGACGCGACGGCGCUGCCGUACCGCUUCUCCGACGAGGACAACCGGUUCUUCGCCGUGGGCUGCAGCGGGCUCGUCCUCCUGAACGGCGGCGCGCGCGGGGUCGACGAGCCGUUCAUGAGCGGCUGCAUAUCCACGUGCUUCGGCAACGCGAGCAUCCGGAGCGGCUCCUGCUCCGGCAUAGCAUGCUGCGAGACGGCCAUCCCCAAGGGGCUCAGCUCCUACGAGCUCGGCCUGGGCAAGCUGCCCGCCGGCACGCCGGUCAACCGGUGCAUCUACGCCGCGCUGAUGGAGGCGGCGAGCUUCAGCUUCGAGGCGGCCGACGCGACGACGGACGGGUUCUACCGCAAGAACAACGGCACGGUCCCGCUCGUGCUCAACUUCGUGGUGGGCGAGAAGACGUGCAAGGAGGCUCAGGCGAGCGGCGGCUACGCGUGCGCCGGCGACCACAGCGUCUGCGUCGACGUCGUUGAUGGUGGCUCCGGCUACGUGUGCAACUGCUCGCAAGGGUACACGGGCAACCCCUACCUCCCCAACGGAUGCAUAGGAGUUAGCGGUGGCCUCGUCAUCGGCGUGAUAAGCAUGCUGAUCACAUACCUGGUGCGCCAGCGGCGAGCGCUCGCCGACGUCAAGCGCAAGUACUUCGAGCGACAUGGCGGCCUGCUUCUGUUCGAGGAGCUAAGCUCAAGGCAGGGCAAUGCCUUCACCAUCUACACCGAGGAGCAGCUCGACCGCGCGACCAGCGGCUUCGACGACAGCAACGUCCUCGGCCGCGGCGGCCACGCCACCGUCUACAAGGGCAGGGUGCCCGCCGCCGGUGGUGGCGACCUCGUCGUCGCGAUCAAGCGGUGCAAGGUGAUGGACGAGACGAACAAGAAGGAGUUCGGCAAGGAGAUGCUCAUCCUCUCCCAGGUCAACCACAAGAACAUCGUCAAGCUGCUCGGCUGCUGCCUCGAGGUCGACGUCCCCAUGCUCGUCUACGAGUACGUCCCCAACGGCACCCUAUACCAGCUCAUCCAUGGCGCCGUCGUCUCCUUCGCCACCCGCCUCCGGAUCGCCCACGAGUCGGCUGAGUCACUCGCCUACCUGCACUCCUUCGCUUCGCCGCCGAUCAUCCACGGCGACGUCAAGUCCUCCAACAUCCUCCUCGACGAGAGCUUCAUGGUGAAGGUGUCCGACUUCGGCGCCUCCAUCCUGGCUCCCACCGACAAGGCCCAGAUGGUGACCAUGGUGCAGGGGACGUGCGGCUACCUCGACCCGGAGUACAUGCAGACGUGCCAGCUGACGGAGAAGAGCGACGUGUACAGCUUCGGUGUCGUCCUGCUCGAGCUGCUCACCGGCAAGAAGCCGCUCUGCCUCGACGGGCCGGAGGAGGAGCGGAGCCUGUCAGCAUGGUUCGUGGCCGCCAUGAGAGAGAAGAGAGUGGAGGAGAUACUGGACGAGAAGGUGAAGAGCGAGGCGAGCGGUGAGCUGCUGGAGGAGAUCGCGCAGCUGGCUUUGGAGUGCCUGCAGAUGUGCGGCGGCGACAGGCCGGCGAUGAAGGAGGUCGCCGAGAGGCUGGGCGGACUGCGGCGUCUGCACCAGCAUCCAUGGACGCAGGACGCUGUAGAGAUCGAGGAGGCGAGGUGUUUGCUCCACGGCUCGCCGGAAAGUAUCAGCUUUGACAUGCUACGGCGUGAACAGUAG